AGGAGGCGCGCGCCGCCGCUCUGGGUCCUACCCGCGGCCCUCGGCCCUGCCGCCGCCGCCGCCUGCCACCGCCCACCGCUCGCGCCGGGAACCAUGGAGGGAGUGAGCGCGCUGCUGGCCCGCUGCCCCACGGCCGGCCUGGCCGGCGGCCUGGGGGUUACGGCGUGCGCCGCUGCCGGCGUGCUGCUCUACCGGAUCGCGCGGAGGAUGAAGCCGACACACACCGUCGUUAACUGUUGGUUCUGCAACCAGGACACGGUGGUGCCCUACGGGAACCGCAACUGCUGGGACUGCCCCCACUGCGAGCAGUACAACGGCUUCCAGGAGAAUGGUGACUACAACAAGCCGAUCCCCGCACAGUACCUGGAGCACCUCAACCACGUGGUGAGCGGCUCGCCUGGCCCCCGCGCCCCCGCCCCCCCGCAGUGGGUGAGCAGCCAGGUGCUGCUGUGCCGGAGGUGCAGCCACCACCAGACCACCAAGGUCAAGCAGCUGGCCGCCUUCUCACCACGUGACGAGGGCAGGUACGACGAGGAGAUCGAGGUGUACCGGCACCACCUGGAGCAGAUGUACAAGCUGUGCCGGCCGUGCCAGGCGGCCGUGGAGCACUACAUCAAGCACCAGAACCGCCAGCUCCGCGCCCUGCUGCUCAGCCACCAGUUCAAGCGCCGGGAGGCAGACCAGACCUACAUGCAGAGCUUCUGCGUGUCUGCGGUGAAGGCCCCAGCGCAGGUCAUUGUGCUCCGGGCCCUCGCCUUCCUGGCCUGUGCCUUCCUGCUGACCACCGCGCUUUACGGCACCAGCAACCCCUUUGCCCCGGGAGCCCCGCUGCCCCCGACCCUGCCACCUGGUAGCAAUGGCUCGGCCCCACCAGACAACGGAACAGCCACCGGGGCUGAGGGCUGGCGGCAGCUGCUGGGCCUGCUGCCCGAGCACGUGGCCGAGAAGCUGCGUGAGGCCUGGGCCUUCGGGCAGAGCCACCAGAUGGGCGUCGUGGCACUGGGUCUGCUCACCUGCCUGCUGGCCAUGCUGCUGGCCGGCCGCCUCAGGCUCCGGAGGAUCGACGCCUUCUCCACCGGGCUGUGGGCCCUGCUGCUGGGGCUGCAUCUGGCUGAGCAGUACCUGCAGGCCGCCUCACCCAGCUGGCUGGACACGCUCAAGUUCAGCACCACGUCCCUGUGCUGCCUGGUGGGCUUCACGGCAGCCGUGGCCACGAGGAAGGCGACAGGCCCACGGAGGUUCCGGCCCCGAAGGUGCUUCCCAGGAGACUCCGUCGGCCUCUUCCCCACUGGCCCCAGCCUGACUGGCCCCAGCCUGACCUCCCCCUGCCCAAGCCUGAGCAUCACGGGCCCCUCGCCAUCUUUGUUCGUCCCCUCCCCGCCGGGCUUCCUGCCGAUCACCAACCAACAGCUGUUCCAGUCCCCCCGCCGGGCCUCGCCCUCCUCGCUGCCUGGCCGCCUCAGCCGGGCCCUCUCGCUGGGAACCAUCCCCUCUCUGACACGAACAGACUCAGGGUACCUGUUCAGCGGGAGCCGCCCUCCAUCUCAGGUGUCCCGACCUGGGGAGGCCUCAGUUUCAGAUUACUACUCUCUGCUGUCAGGCAGCUGCCCCUCCUCCCCGGUCCCUUCCCCGGCGCCCUCUGUGGCCGGCUCGGUGGCCUCCAGUGCCGGCUCCCUGCGCCACCGCCGGCCCCUCAUCAGCCCGGCCCGGCUCAACCUGAAGGGGCAGAAACUGCUGCUGUUCCCGUCGCCCCCUGGGGACGCCCCACAUACCCCCAGCAGCUCCGACGAACACUCACCCCACAACGGCAGCCUCUACACCGUCGAGUCACCCCCAGCCCCACAGAAGCAGCCCGCGUGGGACACAAAGCACACGGCGGACACGAAGUCAGUACCGGAAGGGGGCAGCAGCUGCAGCAGCCACUCCAUCAAGAAAGAGGACGACUCAUCCCAGUCCUCCUGUGUGGUGGACACCACCACCCGAGGGUGCGCCGAGGAGCCCACCAGUUGGCGAGGUCGUUUUGGCCCCUCCGUGAUCCGGGGCCUCCUGGCCGUGAGCUUGACCGCCAACGCCCUCUUCACCUCGGCCUACCUGUACCAGAGCCUGCGCUGACCCGUGGUCCGCAGCCUCCUGGCACCCGGAGAACCUCGGAGGGUGCGCCCAGGUGCAUGCCGCUUCCACCACUGCCGGCCUUGGCCCUUCCAGAGGGCCCGCCGCCUCCGCCCUCUUCUCCAGGGCCCUUGACCUCGCCUCCGAAGGGAGUCCUGUUCCCCGCCGCCUUCCCCCACCUAAAAGACUGCAAGCCUGGGCGUGGUCUCGGGGGCGCACUCCUCCCCGCCCUCUUCCUUGGCUGGUAUCAGUUGUGCGUUUGGUGCUGACACUCUGAUCUCCAAGCCAGAGAUCCCGGAGGGGCUGCGUGACUCUGGGGUCCCCUCCCUACCGUCCAGCCCUGCCUGGCAGGAAUGCCACUACUACUGUGAGGGGAGCAGGAGCUGGGCUGCCCCCCACCCCCGCGUCCCCGGGCUGUGAUCACCUCUUUGUACUGUACUCGCUGACCCGGUCAGGUGGAAGGUAAAGCCCCGUGGACACCCCCAUGAGGACCGGCGCCAUCUGCCCUUGUCCUGCACCAUGCCGUGGGCUAGGCCUGCCCUCGCUCUCCCGGGUGGGCAGUGAGUUUCCUGCCCGGGGCUCUUCAGAGUUCCUGGGUCUCUGGGGCCCAGCUGGACUAGUGUAAGCACCCCUGCAAGCUCCCUUCUCCCUGCUGCACCCCCAUUUUAUUACCUCUGGUGACCUUCCCAGGCAGCAGCCCGGCCACCCUGAGAACACUACCCAGGGCCACCCUGUCUCCAGGCCCCUCCCUCAUGCACUGCCCUCAGGGGCUUUGUUGGGCCCCUCUGCCCGCAGGUCUCUGAGGACCCUGGACCCCUGCCCCCAUCCUGCCGUGAAUUCGGCUCCUCUAGGCGUUCUGCGGUCGCAGUGGGCUCAGUGUGACUUCUGUCUCCAGGCCACCGUGGCUGGCCUGCUUCCUACCCGAAACCCCUCGGUCCUGCCACUGCCCUUCCAACUGAUACUGUGGGUUUGUCCCCCAUCCAGCACCCUGACCUUGGGCUGGAGUCCCAUCCUGCCCUGGAAAGUCAGGCACAGGGACCCUCACGGUGCUGUGAGGAAUGAGAAGACUGCCUGCAGGAGUCAGGAUCCCCACGCCACUGCCCCAGGCUCUGGACGCAGGUGUGGGGCGGCGUGCAUGCGUGCACACUCCUACGUGUGUCCGUGCACGUUUGUGCCACUCGGUGAACUCUGAGUCUCCUUAGGGGGAGGGUCGUGAGGGCAGAGGAAGGGUCUUCACUCUGUCAUUCAGGGAUAAAGUUUAAUUUUAUUUUUCUACACAUUUUUGCCAGGUCAGGCAUUCCGCUCCUAAGCAGGAUGCCCCCAAUCCUCCCUGCCAGGGAGGUUUAGUUUUUUUAAGCUUCGGGUGCUUUUUUAGUAAUUUUUUUCUUUUUUUACCAUGUGGGGAAGGAGCUUGCUCUGACUUCCCCCACUCCUGAGAGCUACUGUUUCCUGCCCUGCCCCCCACCCCGGAACACGGGGAAUUGGGGGCCAGGGGCCACGCCAGGCCCCUGACUCCAACUGCCAGAGAUGGUUCCAACUUGGAGGUGAUGCCUCUUGGCCCCCAUCUGUACAGUGGGCAUGUGUGUCGAGUUUUUUAAUUUUACUUUUUGCCUAACCAAGCCAAACUCCAUUCCCGAAUGCCCUUCUUCUUUGGCUCUGAGGAAGCUCCAACCGAGUGCCCAGCCCUCUUUCACCCUGGCCAGCCAGGCCCCUCCUGCCCAGGGCCUGUGGUCCCAGUGCCCCCCAGGGGCAGGGGAGAGGCUGGGCCAGGAGGGGCCUGACUUAUGUUUUCUUUCAAAUAAAAACACAACCUUAUUUUUCUUUACAAAAGCAGAAAAGGAAACCAAAAAAGAUACCAACCU